AUGGCGACCGCAAGGCCUGAUAACAUUAGGGCCCACUGGAAAUGCAUUACCGCAUGCACCUUGAUUAGCAUGUGUCCAUUUCAAUAUGGAGUUGAUUUUGGUAUCAUCGGGGGUCUGCAGGCUAUGCCUGGGUUCUUGGACGUGUUUGGAGAGAAAGAUCCGACCUCGCCUAUCGGACUGAACAUUUCUCACACACGCCAGCAGCUGAUCUCAUCUCUCAUGAUCCUUGGCGCCUUUAUCAGCUCUUCCUUUGCUGGUCCCGUUGCGAAGUUCAUCGGCCGAAAGAUGUCCAUCUGGAUUGCGGCCCUUCUUUGUGUGGUGGCAAAUAUUAUCAUGAUGACCACUACGAGCAUUGGAGCUCUUUAUUUUGCUCGUUUCUUGAUCGGCAUUGCCAACGGCAUGCUCAUGACAUUCUCGCAGCUCUAUCUCCAAGAGUGUGCCCCUGCGAAAUAUCGAGGUCUUGUCAUCGGCCUUUUCCAGUCUUGGACGUCGAUUGGUACUCUGGUCGGCACCGUCAUUGAUAACUUCACUGUCAAGCUUUCCGGCAAACAGCAAUACAUCGUCCCCCUGGGCAUCAUCUACAUUGUACCAGGCUUUUUGUCGAUUGGAAUGCUCUUUAUCCCCGAAAGCCCUCGGUGGUUCCUACUCCACGACAAAACCGAGCAAGCCCGCAAGGCCCUCAAUUGGCUCCGCCCUUAUCCCGAGACAGUUGAGAACGAGAUCAAGGAGAUCCAAGAUGCCAUCUCGGCCGAGCGGGCCUUGGCCACGAGCGCUGACGUCCUGGAUAUGUUCCGCAACCCCGUCGAUCGAAGACGCACUCUUCUCGCCGUCGGAGCUGUUUCCCUCCAGGCGGCCUCUGGUGCCAUGUAUAUGAUCUCGUACGGCACUUAUUUCUUCGAGAUGGCUCAAGUCGGUUCAGCUUUCGAAAACUCGUGCAUUUUGGUUGCAGUUGGUGUGGCUGCCAUCUUGAUCAACAGCGCCGUCAUCACCAAAUGGGGCCGGAGGCGAGUGUUCCUGACCAUCGGCAUGAUCCUCUGUGGUAUCACGCAACUCAUCAUCGCCAUUGUGUACGACAAAGAAGGCCCCGGCACUUCAACCGGACGGGUUAUCGUCGGCCUCUCGGUUGUCUACAUCGUCGGGUACAAUGGCAUGGUGGCCACCUACGCGUGGCUUUGUGGAGGCGAGUUCCCGUCGCAGCGUCUCCGAAGCUACACCUUUGGCCUGGCGGCGUCGAUUGGCUUUUUAGGAGCGUGGCUCGCCACCUUCACGGCUCCCUACUUCAUCAACCCCGAUUCUCUGAACUGGGGCCCGAAGUACGGAUACAUCUGGACGCCAUCUUGCCUGCUCGGUGCACUGUGGACGUGGUUCUACCUCCCUGAGGUGAAGAACAGGACCUUUGAGGAAAUCGACGAAAUGUUCGAGGCACGCCUUCCCGCCCGACAAUUCCGCAAAUACAAGUGUGUGGGAUCGGUUGCCGCCGUGGCCAUGGCUGCGAAGGAGGAUGGAAGCAGUGCCAGCGAGAAGGACCAUGGUGAAGUCAGCCACCGGGAGGUCAUUUUCAGCAACGAGAAAGUUGCCACAGAGUCUGCCGUUGCCAUCGGUUGA